UAAAAAUAAUAGAAAGUGGCAAAUUUUAAAUAGAACUCAGAAUUAGGACCAACUAAAUAGCUUAUAUACCUAAGUAUGAGCAUUUAGAAUUAUAAUUUUAAUACACUGUACCUGUUGGUGUGUGUUUGACGUUUCCAGGAUUGAGCCUGAACUUUGUAUUAAAGUCUCUGAACCAGACCUAAAACAAUCAACAUGCCGAACGAAACGCCCGGUUCGCAACGUCUAACCAACGACGACUUCCGCAAGUUGUUGAUGACACCCAGGGCUACGCCAGCUGGGGCACCGACUACGGGCUCCAUACGCGAGGCGAUGGCCAACUCCAGCUCGAUGCCGCCCCCCAAAACGGAGGACAAGAGCGACCUGCGUCGCAAAAAGAAGAGCUACUACGCAAAACUGAAGAAACAGGAGGACAAUAAGAUGGCAGAGCUGGCUGAAAAGUACCGUGACCGUGCCAGCGAAAGAAGACAAGGCUUGAACCCUGACUACCAAGCCGAUGAUCCGGUGCAGGCUGCCCAGGCUUACAGAGCAGUCGCCCCAGACUUAAAGUCGGGCUUCGACGCCGCCGAGCGUCGCAGACAAAUGAUACAGGAGUCGAAGUUCUUGGGUGGUGACAUGGAGCACACCCAUUUAGUAAAAGGUCUGGAUUAUGCCCUGUUACAGAAGGUACGCAGUGAAAUCGUGCAGAAAGAAACUGAACAAGAGGCUGAAAUGGAAAAGCUGGCCACCAAAAGCAUUGAGGAAAAGGAGAAGGAAAAGAAGGAGCAGCAGAAAAAGGAGGAGGAGGAGAUGAAGUUCAAAACUAAAAUUGGUAGGGCCAUUUAUCACACUGUUUGUGCCCUCAAGUCCAGGCAUAUUGAGAGGAGUGAGCUGUUUGUGCCUGGAAGGAUGGCCUACGUCAUUGAUUUAGAUGAUGAUGCCGAAACGGAUAUUCCCACAACAUUGAUCCGUUCAGUGAACGACGUCCCUUCAUUCGAACUCACAACGACCCUAACAACAAACGACAUAGUCAUCAACAAACUGACACAAAUUCUGAGCUACUUAAGACAAGGAAAUCGAAAGAACAAAAAGAAUAAACGUUCCCUGGACAAAGACAUAGAUCUGACCGACGCAAACGAGGACAGACCUCCAGUAAAACGGUCGAAUGUUGACGAUUCAAUCUACGGCGACAUUGGGGAUUAUGUGCCAAGCAAAAGCAAACACUCAGACCGCGACAGGGACAGGAAAAGGCAGCCUUACUUCGACAAACACGACACUGAACCCGUCGAUAACGCUGCUCCGUCCUACAGGGUAAAUAACACUUACUCACACUGUUAUCUGUUGAUUGUAAACGAAUUUUUACAGGUGAACAAGUCGGCGGAGAUACUGACGAAGUUGGAACGUGAGCCGGAGGGCUACGCCGAAUGUUAUCCUGGUUUGGAGGAGAUGAACGACGCCAUCGAUGAUUCGGAUGAUGAGGUCGACUAUUCGAAGAUGGAUCUAGGCAAUAAGAAGGGCCCGAUAGGGCGGUGGGACUUUGACACCGCCGAGGAGUAUUCCGACUACAUGAAUCAGAAGGAGGCGUUGCCCAAGGCAGCUUUCCAGUAUGGCCUGAAGAUGGCAGACGGUCGGAGGUCCAGGAAGCACAAGGACAAGAACGAGAAGGCGCAUUUGGACAGGGAGUGGCAGAAAAUUCAGAAUAUCAUACAGAAGAAACGAUAAUUUUAAUUGCUUGGCAAUUUUUAUUGAGAUAACGUUUUAGUUAUAUACUUUUUUAUAGUUAUAAAAUAUACAGUUAAAUUGUAGUCUGUAUAUAAUGUGUAUUUAAUAAUUGAAUUAUAUAAUUUAUAUAAGAAUUCAUGUAAAAAUAAUAGUGUGAAUAAAUUAUUUAAAAUUUA